GCGUGACGCAGAUAGAGGCUGCAGAUUUAGACACGCAGCAACAUUAGAUUUUGGGAUCUGUUGCCUGCUCGUGCAUUUUCACGGUUAUCUGCCCAAAGAGGAAAUAGUGCCGAAGCCCUCUACGAACACAGGUGUAACCUGCGACGCAACAGGCCUGCAGGAAGUGUUGAGGUAAUUCGUUCAUACAUCCUACAGACUUCUUAAGUGCACCCGACAAACCGCUGGUCAACAUGGCACUGGAUGGAUGUGGCAUCGUCUGCAAAUAUAUCCUCAUCCUUUUCAACCUCAUCUUUGCGCUGCUGGGUUUUGCCUUCCUGGGUCUAGGCCUGUGGCUGAGGUUCAGCAAUAGCACCAGAGGCAUCUUUGGAAUGGAUAUCCCCUACACAGAGACAUUUAUUUUUGGUGUGACGGUGCUGAUAGCUCUGGGUUCAGUGAUGCUCAUCGUGGUGAUGUUUGGAGACUACGGUGCCUGCAAUGAGAAAAAAUGUGCUCUGCAAGUGUUCUCUGCCCUUCUGGCCAUUCUAGCCGGAGCUGAAAUGGUUGUCGGAGUGCUUGCUUAUUCCAGGAGAUAUGAGGUUGGAGCGAACAUUGCAGAGUUCUACAAUAGCCUGUAUAGUCUGUAUAUAAGCGGAGGAGAUCCAGGAAUUGGUGUCACUCUCACAUUCAUCCACAACAUGCUUCACUGCUGUGGAAUCACGGGGAUCUCGCUGGUAGAGGUGGUUAAACAGACCUGUCCUAAACCAGAUGGAUUCAUGGAGAAACUCGUCAUGCCCAACUGUCCUGGUGUCAUCACAAACGUCUUUGACAGUAAAGCGCCACUCGUGAUGGGCAUCUUCCUUGGAACUGGAGCUCUGCUGAUCAUAGCUCUGAUUUGCAGCUUGACGCUUAGUAGAAAGAUUUGCCUGUCUGCAUCAUCGCCUCAGUACAUCAUCCUGACUCAAUCCACCCCUGUCCUCGCUAACCCUCAACCAUCUCAGCAUGAAUUUGUCUCCACCUCCUACCCUGACCACGACCCGGUCACAUUCACCCCCCUCACUGUGGCCAACAUCCCUGUGGCUCAGGCCUAGUGCGCUCAGACCAGCUUUCACUCUCACUGUAAUGCUGUCUUGAUUGUUUUUUUUUGUUUUUUUUAUCCACAAUGCUUUGGCAUAAAGAAUACAAACAUAAUAUAUUUUUUACCCACCUUUCUCAGCAUGGUCACUGCAGGAUGUCGUCAACUCCCUUUUUUUUUUAAAGGAACUAUCUCCCCCAAGAGCCCUAAGAAACAGAAAUGAUAACAUCUGUGUUGGUGGCAUAUUUUUCCUCAUUCCUACAGAUAAUUAGCCAAAUGCUAAUGAUAUGCCAAGAUUUUCCAAGCACAGCUACAGUGGGUGAAAUUGACAGCAGACAUCUUUUAAAUCAAAGAACACACACAGGCUUCUAAUUAAGCUAAUAAUUAUUAGCACAUUUUAAACAUUCGUGCAUCACUAAGCCACUUAAAAAUUAACUCCUCUCUCCUCAAAAUAUUUUUUGUCCGUUCCACCAGUGUGAGAAACUGCUACUAAAAUUUUUUUCUAUUUUUUGGCAAAGAACAUACAGAUUUUUUCCCCAGCAAGUCAGUUCAGUCUCUUUUUUUCCCUCUACAAAUUGAUAUCUGCAGCUGGAGAAUACUUUACAGCCACUGGAUUUUUCCUUUACUUAUUCCUCACUGAACAUCUUGCCUUUUUCAUUUUCACACGAGCUUCUUGUUCAUGGCUGCAUGCAGACGAGUAGCAGGGGCCUCAGUGCAACCUCUCUCCCACUUACUCAUUGUGUGGCUGGUUUAAUCCUGGAGGUGAUAAGGAGGAGGAAGCGAGUUUUCUUUUUUCACUUCACAGCUCCUUGUGCCGUCACUGCUCUUUACUUCCCCUUCUCCUUGUGUGUCUGCAUGAUAGAUUACUGCCCUGGUCUGCACCAUUAUCCUCCUGCAACAGAUCAAGAAAACCAGUCGGGACGUCGCUGCCUACUAUUCGACUGUGUACUAAAGAAAAGGAUUCAGUUAACCCUCCUGCCUCAUCAGUCAAGACCAUUGCUGGAAUUCAGGCUCAACCAGCAAAUCAUUGUUUACAGGUUUUCCUCUGUAUGUCAACUACUGAUGUGAUCACACUAGUAUUUGAACUAGAAGUGUGUUAAAUUGCAUUUUUAUAUCCUGAAACAUUACAUUGAGCUCACAAUCUGACCUGUUUUGAAACUGCAAAACAAAACCAAACAACUGCUUUGCUCAGAGAAAACAUUAGUAUUUUAUUGUGCUUUUUAAGUAUUUUUUAUUCCCUAGGUGAAAUGGAUCUUAUUCAUAAUUAGCCAUUAUUCAUCCAACUAGAAACUGUGACACUGUGUGUAGUAACCUGACGAUCAGAACAACACAUCCAUUUAAUGACAAAUUAAUUUGGGGAGGAUGGUAGACUGGUUGUUUAUAACGUUCACAUGCCUGUUACACAUUUUAGCAGUUCUCUUAAUAUGCAGUGUUUUGUGACAUGAUGACAUCAGCACUAAUACUUUUACUCAAGUUCUGUGCUUUUUAAAAAGAAAAAAAAAAAAAAAUCUAUUUUCUAUUGCUUCAUGUUCAACAUUCACUGAGCCGUGACAAAUACCACCAAUAUUUGUGUUAGGGAUGUAUGUAUGAAUACUAAAGGGAUCAUUUUCUUUAAAAUCAUAAGUCUAUAUGUAAGGUUUACUGGACCGUUGUUGCCACCUUUAAAUGUGAGUUCAUUACAUUUUAAAGGUGUUGUGCUGCAUCAUCUUCACACCGGUCAUUAAGAUUGUCAGGGUUUUAAUGACUGGAUGGUUGGCUUCACUUUGUUGAUACUCUUUAUUUUAUUACUGUAGAGGUGUAAAGUUAUAUUGGUACUAAAGUAAUUUUUAUUUGCUGUUGUUUUGUUAAUGAAAAAAAAAAAAAAAAAAAAAAAGGCAUUCCACUUGAUUUCCUUUGUUCAUGAUGUGUGUUCAAAAGGCCGCAGGACUGGGCAAAAAAAAAAAAGUCAAGUACCUUCUUGUGUGUGACAGAAAUGUUCUGCAGGCCUUAACUCAGUCAUCAGCUUCUGUUUGAGGCUGUUACUGACUUUAUGAAGAUUUCAAGCUGCUGAGGAAAGCACCUUGUUAUUAAAAAUAAAUAGUUCAACUUUCAUUCCCUCAGGUUUCUGUUCCUGAUUAAGUGUCCUACUGAAAAAAAAAAAAAAGAUGCUGAAGCUGAAAGCCUUGAACUGCUUGUGUUCCUUUUCUCUCUGUAAUGUUAGUACGAACUAUUACAUUGCACUAUAUUGUUUUUAAGUUCAAUUUUAGAAAUAAAUAUUCCAAUUUUUGUUUUUUUCUCUCCUUUGACACCACUUGUGCACUUGUUUCCAUAAAAUAACAAAACAAAAUGUG